UAAAAGUUGGAGCAGUAGGAAGGACACUGAGUAAAAGGGCAACCCGUUUGAGAGACAAAGUCUCUGCUGGAUCCCAGAACACACAGACACUGAGAAGAGAAAUAAGGGUAACCGGGAAAUGCCGUCCCCACCUGUUUCCGUCACAUGGGGAGCAAGGAGAAGCAGCCAGGAGGUUCUCAAGGAAACAGCGUAACAGUUGUUUGAAAACCAUACAUAUAACGUUAGUCCUGGCCCACAGUUACUGCUUAUCACUUUCAGCCACUUAAAGUCAGCAGGGCCAGAACCCAGUGAAACAACAGAUGUGCACACAGCACUGCGUAAGAUGUUCCAUCUUAAGCCCCACAGGUUCCACCCUCUAGCAGCAGACCUGCCAGUAAGGAAAUCUUCAGGAGAGAUGCUUGGAACCUGGAAUAUCACCACCAACACGUUCUCUUUGAGAAGGGGGAGGUGUGGGCCAGCAGAAAAAGUCUCAGUGGGUUUAAGGAGUCUUCCAAAGAAAACAAGUUUGAUGUCCACAAAUCCAACCAUAAUCCUUCACAUGGAUACUUUCUUUGAAGCCAGGGCCUUUCUGACUUUGCCAAAGAGAACCAGGAUUGGCUACUUCCAAGGGAGAAGCGUGCUUCAACCACCAAAACUACGUCCUUUUUCCUUUGCUGGUUCUGCUUUCUCCUCCCACCUCCAGAUAAGGACCUGCCCCAGGCCUGAAACACAGGGAGCAGAGGAAGGCGCUGCACACAGACAAGGGCAGAACCCACCAGCCCACGGCUUUCCCGGGGAGUUUAGAAGAGACCCCAGGUGGGGCCGGUUUACAAAUGGGAGAACAGAGAUGCAGUUGGACUCCGGCAUCUGGCACCUCCAAGCUCCUCUUUUCCAUCACAAGGGGAAGUUAAAUUGUCAUGAUUUGGAAGCAAAUAGGAGAAAAGAAUGUUUUCAAUCAGUCGUUUAACCGUGUGCUUGUCUCUCCCCUACGGUGUCUCUUCUUAACAUCACGCAAGCAGGACAGGACAGGAGCUGGGAAUGCUGCAGCCAGGAGGACCCCAUUCAGAUCGUUACAAACAGCUCCCCCAGACCAUUUGAUCUUAGGGAAGAAAAGGGAAUCAAACCCUGUGCCCCUGACGGGAAAUGACAGGAUGAACAUUUUCCCAGCUAAAAGUCUGAAAUAUACACCUUUGCCACACACAAAAUUUUCACCCAUUAUUUCUUUCCUUAUACUUUCCUCAUUUAAAAUGUACAAUUUCAUAGAAUAAUCCAAUUUAUACACCCUAAAUGCAUGAAACCCAUUUUUUCAGUUAUUCAGUCAGUAUUUAUGGAGCACCUAACACGUGCCAGGCAUCGUUUCGUUCACUGCCGAGGCUUCAGUCCCUAAAACAAAGUUGCUGCUCUCAGAGUUCUGACUUCCCAAUGCUUUGCUAAUGGUUUCCUGCAUGAGCCCUCACAAAGAACACCUUCCUUUUUUAAGAUAACAUUUUUUGAGGGUUUAUGCGUGUCAGGCACUGAACCCCAUUAAUUCAUUUAAUUCUCACAGCACCCCUGUGAGGUGGUACGAUUUCUAUCCCCUCUUUACAGAUGAAGAAUUUGAAAUUUAAAGACAGGAUAAGUAACUUACCCAAGGCUACAAAGCUAGUAAAUCACAGAUCGGAUUAAAAUGUAGGUACAGUUCCAAACUCCUCCAUUUUAAUCCCUACACUAAACUGCCUUCAAAACUUCUUAAAUAUAGUUGCUAUGAUGGACA